AUGACGCGUGUAAUGUUCCCUAGAAGCCGAACCCAGCUUGGUAUUAGGAAAUACAGGGCAAGCGCCAUCAUACCAAGACGUGGCCCACGAGUCACAUGCUCCCUGGCACCGCCUUCUCAUGUCAAGGCGGAAAACUACAAUUCCCGAGAUCCUUUGAGAAGUUGUUUUUCUCUUGUCCGUACAGGAAGCAUUUUCAAUGCGUAGUAAAACUAGGUCGACGUUGUCAUGGAAACCGGAGCAGCCCCAUUCACUGCGCCGGCUGCUCUGAGGGGCCCAGUAAUCGGAGACAUCGGAAACUGGCUGGAUAGGACACCAGUUCAUGAUGCCUCGAGACAAGGUCAGAUUCUACAGCUCACACAACUGAUUGAAAGUGGAGUCUGUGUGAAUAUAGUAACAGUGGACUCCAUUACACCACUGCACGAAGCCUGUCUUCAUGGCCACAUUCAGUGUGUGAAGCUGUUACUUGCUGCUGGUGCACAGGUGGAUGCCAGAAAUAUUGAUGGCAGUACCCCUCUCUGUGAUGCCUCUGCUGCAGGCAGUCUUGAGUGUAUGAAGAUGCUCCUUGACUAUGGGGCAAAAGUGAAUCCUCCACUUUUUACUGCAUCUCCUCUUCACGAAGCAUGCAUGAGUGGUAACCCUGAAUGUGUAAAACUUCUUAUCGAUGUGGGAGCAAAUCUAGAAGCUCAUGAUUGUCAUUUCGGUACCCCUUUACAUGUAGCUUGUGCAAGAGAACACUUGGAGUGUGCUAAGGUGUUACUUGUUGCAGGUGCAAAUGUGAAUGCUGCUAAACUUCACGAAACAGCCCUACAUCACGCUGCUAAGGUGAAAAACAAAGAUCUUAUUGAAAUGCUAGUGGAAUUUGGAGGAAAUGUGUAUUCGAGGGACAAUCGUGGAAAAAGACCUUCAGAUUAUUCCUGGCCAAACAGUCCUACUGCCAAAUGCUUUGAAUAUUAUGAGAGUAAGUUCUUUCAGAGACUCCUAGAAGUUUGUCACAGCUCUGCAGACUUCGACUCAGAAAAGCACUUGGCCAAGGAGUAGUUGAGAAGGUUUAUGAAUUAAAUAUUCCACAAAGACUUAUGAAAUAUCUUGCAUAUAAGUGACUUUAACAAAACUUACAUGCAUGUUACCCUACAACCAAUAUUGUAUUAUUGUACAUAUAGUGAUAUUCUGCAUACAAAUAUAGUAAAUAUUUAGUCCAGUGGAAAGGUUUGGAGAUAUGGUCUUACAGAUUCUAAUUUGCAUCUUAAAAGCAUUGGUCAGUGGCAAUUAUAUUGUCAAGUCAUUUUUAUUUCUUUGUAUUUAUGUUUGUAAAAUAUGUAAUUUAUUGGGGCAAAAUAGUCUUUUUCCGGACCUAUUAUAAGCAAAACAUUAUGAACAGCGUUGAAUGCUUUGAAUUGUUUCUAAUGGAUUCCUGCCAUAUAGUUUGCUACGUGGUGCUGAGAAUCUUUAACAUCUUAUAACUGGAAUCCAACUUGCCAAGCAAUAAAUGGUGAGUUGCCCUAGAGGUUUUUUAGUCAAAAUUAAGUCCCCUCCAUUCACAUCUAUGGGAGGAAGCUUGACGAAGCAACACUUUAAAGCUAUUACAGGACUUCCUUCUCCAGAAAUAUUAAAUGAAGGACCGCUUCAUAAGUUUUUUUUAGUCUGAUCCUUGUUAGGGUCAGGGGUGCUGAAUUGUUAAUUGUGUAUUGUAAAAUAUUUACUGAAUUAUGAUACCAAGAACAAUAAAAUAUGUGGUUUAUUUUCACCCAUUUAUAGACAAUCGGUUUAU